AUGGUGUCAUUGUUACCCAGCGAGCAUGACAAGGAGCAUCUCCAAAACCUCAACACAGUGUUAAAGAGAUUGGAAAAUUAUGGCUCAGAACAUGAUGCGACGAGCAAUAUUGAUGUUAGCCUUAGAUACUACGUCAACACCAACAAAGACUACCUCAACUACCUCAUCGACAACAACAAGCCUAAUUCCACCAACAACCAGGAUUCUAAGAACCUCAACUCCAACGGCAAACUCAACUACAACAACAAACUCAACUCCAACAGCAAACUCAAUUCCAACGGCAAACUCAACUACAACAGCAAACUCAACUCCAACAGCAAACUCAACUCCAACAGCAAACUCAACUACAACAACAAACUCAACUACAACAACAACCUCAACUCCAACGACAACCUCAACUACAACAACAAACUCAACUACAAUGGCAAACUCAACUCCAACGGCAAACUCAACUACAACAACAAACUCAACUCCAACGGCAAACUCAACUCCAACGGCAAACUCAACUCCAACAACAACCUCAACUCCAACGGCAAACUCAACUCCAACGGCAAACUCAACUACAACAACAACCUCAACUCCAACGGCAAACUCAACUACAACAACAAACUCAACUCCAACGACAACCUCAACUCCAACGGCAAACUCAACUCCAACGGCAAACUCAACUACAACAACAACCUCAACUCCAACGGCAAACUCAACUACAACAACAAACUCAACUCCAACGACAACCUCAACUCCAACGGCAAACUCAACUCCAACGGCAAACUCAACUACAACAACAACCUCAACUCCAACGGCAAACUCAACUACAACAACAAACUCAACUCCAACAGCAAACUCAACUACAACAACAAACUCAACUCCAACGGCAAACUCAACUCCAACGGCAAACUCAGCUACAACAACAAACUCAACUCCAACAGCAAACUCAACUACAACAGCAAACUCAACUCCAACAGCAAACUCAGCUACAACAGCAAACUCAACUACAACAACAAACUCAACUCCAACGGCAAACUCAACUCCAACGACAAACUCAACUACAACAACAACCUCAACUCCAAUGACAACCUCAACUACAACAACAAACUCAACUACAACAACAAACUCAACUACAACGACAACCUCAACUACAACAACAAACUCAACUCCAACGACAACCUCAACUACAACAACAAACUCAACUACAACAACAAACUCAACUACAACAACAACCUCAACUACAACGGCAAACUCAACUCCAACAGCAAACUCAACUACAACAACAAACUCAACUCCAACGACAACCUCAACUACAACAACAACCUCAACUCCAAUGACAACCUCAACUACAACAACAAACUCAACUACAACAACAAACUCAACUACAACAACAAACUCAACUCCAACGACAACCUCAACUACAACAACAAACUCAACUACAAUGGCAAACUCAACUCCAACGGCAAACUCAACUCCAACAACAACCUCAACUCCAACUGCAAACUCAAUCCCAACGGCAAACUCAACUACAACAAUAACCUCAACUCCAACGACAACCUCAACUACAACAACAAACUCAACUACAACAACAAACUCAACUCCAACAGCAAACUCAACUCCAACGACAAACUCAACUACAACAACAACCUCAACUCCAAUGACAACCUCAACUACAACAACAAACUCAACUACAACAACAAACUCAACUCCAACGACAACCUCAACUACAACAACAAACUCAACUACAACAACAAACUCAACUCCAACGACAACCUCAACUACAACAACAAACUCAACUCCAACAGCAAACUCAACUACAACAACAAACUCAACUCCAACGGCAAACUCAACUCCAACGACAAACUCAACUACAACAACAACCUCAACUCCAAUGACAACCUCAACUACAACAACAAACUCAACUACAACAACAAACUCAACUCCAACGACAACCUCAACUACAACAACAAACUCAACUACAAUGGCAAACUCAACUCCAACGGCAAACUCAACUCCAACAACAACCUCAACUCCAACUGCAAACUCAAUCCCAACGGCAAACUCAACUACAACAAUAACCUCAACUCCAACGACAACCUCAACUACAACAACAAACUCAACUACAACAACAAACUCAACUCCAACAGCAAACUCAACUCCAACGGCAAACUCAACUACAACAACAACCUCAACUCCAACGGCAAACUCAACUCCAACAACAACCUCAACUCCAACGACAACCUCAACUACAACAACAAACUCAACUACAACAACAAACUCAACUCCAACGGCAAACUCAACUACAACGGCAAACUCAACUCCAACAGCAAACUCAACUACAACAACAAACUCAACUCCAACAGCAAACUCAACUCCAGCAGCAAACUCAACUCCAACAACAAACUCAACUCCAACGGCAAACUCAACUCCAACAACAAACUCAACUCCAAUGGAAAACUCAACUACAACAACAAACUCAACUACAACAACAAACUCAACUCCAACGGCAAACUCAACUACAACGGCAAACUCAACUCCAACAGCAAACUCAACUACAACAACAAACUCAACUCCAACAGCAAACUCAACUCCAGCAGCAAACUCAACUCCAACAACAAACUCAACUCCAACGGCAAACUCAACUCCAACAACAAACUCAACUCCAAUGGAAAACUCAACUACAACAACAAACUCAACUACAACAACAAACUCAACUCCAACAAUAACCUCAACUCCAACAACAACCUCAACUACAACAACAAACUCAACUACAAUGGCAAACUCAACUCCAACGGCAAACUCAACUACAACAACAAACUCAACUCCAACAGCAAACUCAACUCCAACGGCAAACUCAACUACAACAACAAACUCAACUCCAACGGCAAACUCAACUACAACAACAAACUCAACUCCAACGCAAACUCAACUCCAACGACAACCUCAACUCCAACGGCAAACUCAACUCCAACGGCAAACUCAACUACAACAACAACCUCAACUCCAAUGACAACCUCAACUACAACAACAAACUCAACUACAACGGCAACCUCAACUCCAACGACAACCUCAACUACAACGGCAAACUCAACUACAACAACAACCUCAACUCCAACGGCAAACUCAACUACAACAACAAACUCAACUACAACGGCAACCUCAACUCCAACGACAAACUCAACUCCAACGGCAAACUCAACUCCAACGGCAAACUCAACUCCAACAACAAACUCAACUCCAACAGCAAACUCAACUACAACAACAAACUCAACUACAAUGGCAAACUCAACUCCAACGGCAAACUCAACUCCAACAACAAACUCAACUCCAACAACAAACUCAACUCCAACAACAAACUCAACUACAACAACAAACUCAACUACAACAACAAACUCAACUCCAACGACAACCUCAACUACAACAACAACCUCAACUCCAACGGCAAACUCAACUCCAACAACAAACUCAACUACAACAACAAACUCAACUCCAACAACAAACUCAACUACAACAACAAACUCAACUACAACAACAAACUCAACUCCAACGGCAAACUCAACUCCAACGGCAAACUCAACUACAACAACAACCUCAACUCCAACGGCAAACUCAACUCCAACAACAAACUCAACUACAACAACAAACUCAACUCCAACAACAACCUCAACUCCAACGGCAAACUCAACUCCAACGACAACCUCAACUCCAAUGACAACCUCAACUCCAACGACAACCUCAACUCCAACGACAACCUCAACUCCAAUGACAACCUCAACUACAACAACAACCUCAACUCCAACAACAAGUUGUUCAUGUAGUCCCAAUUUCUGUAAGAAUAAUGGAAUCUGCAUAGCAAAUGGGAAUGAAUGCAGUUGUAUCUGCACCAAUGAAUACCAUGGAAAACUUUGCAAUGAAUCGGCUGUCUGCGGAAAUUCUUCGAUGGAAGUUGAAGGCCAAAACGUUACCUUUGAGGAAAUUUAUCUGGGUUCCAUUGGCUAUUCAAAACAGCUCUGUAACCCCAGCACUGCUAAUGCUGGAGUAAAUCUUGCAACUCGACGAUGUAUUUUAAAGAACGGCAGAUUAAAUCUUACAAACCCAAUUCUGACUAAAUGUUCUCAGACUCUGGAUGGUGUAUUGGAAGCUCUCAAUAACUCAGCAGAUUCUACAGAAGCAGCAAGUCAAGUUGUGGUUCUGACAUCAAAUUCAGAAAACUUAGGGAAAAAAGAAGUUAUAACAGCCACAAAGAUUCUCAGUGGAGUAAUAAAAAAUCUUGAAAAAGCCAAUUCUGAGACUCAAGCAAACGUAAUAGAGGGAUUCUGUAAUAUACUGAAAGCAGACGAUAUUGUCAUUACUGAGGCACAGCAACAGCUGCAAAGUUUGUCUCUGACACUAGAAAAUAAGACAACUGAAGUGGAGCUGGAUGAAGUGUGUCCGCUGGUGGCAGUGAAAUCAAAGCAAAAUGGAACAAAUAUCAGAGGACUUGUUCUUUAUAAAAGUACCAACAACAUCCUUCAAAAAAAUGCAAUUGAAUUUGUAAAAAAUGACAACGAUAGCAAUGAAUCAAAUAUUCAGGCACACAUCUUCCUACCUGACAUCAAGGAUGCAGAUAACGUUGGAUUUGUUCUCUAUGACAAAGCCCCAUUUUUUCCAGUUCCUAAAAGCACACGCGGUGUGGUUUUGAAGACACAAGUAAUAGCUGCCUCUGUUCAGGACCAUAAAACAGAUAUUAAAGCAACAGUAAAAUUAAGGAAAAUGGAGCUAAAUGAUGGAUUCUAUUCAUAUAAAAAUGAAUGUGUCUUUUGGAAUUACACCACUAGAGAAUGGAGUACAAAUGGAUGUAAACUAGCAAAAAGUGACUCAUAUUUUACAUGUAAUUGUGAUCAUCUAACUAACUUCGCAGUUCUCAUGAGUGUUAGUCCUGAUACUUUACAAUACUUGGACAUAAUUACAUACAUUGGAUGUGCAUUAUCCAUCAUAGGACUAUUGGCAACCAUUGUGGUACCAAUCCGAAUGAGGGAUUAUCGUAGAAGUGUGAAUGGAAAACUGCAAGUCAACCUAUCCAUUGCUCUGCUGGGGGUGUACAUCACCUUUCUGUCUGGGGCAAUCAACAGUUCCUGGGCAACAACUGAGGCUGAGAUAUCUGCAGGAAAUACCACACAGGAGAAUUCAAGAUCAAAAGAUGCAAAAAGUAACAGCUCCUUCUGCACAGCAGCAACAUUUUUAUUACAUUUCUUCCUUUUGGCUUCCUUUGGCUGGAUGUGUGCACAGGGAGUUGCAUUGUAUAGUUCAUUUAAUCGCAUCAUUCAGCAACUGGAGACAAGCUACUUUCCCAAAGUGGCAGCAGGCGUGGCAUGGGGUGUACCAGCUUUAAUUGCGAUUAUAACAAUUGGUGCAACAUAUCCUAAGUCUUACAGACAAGAUAAAAUCUGCUGGCUUGCAACAAGCAAAUAUGCUGAUGGAGAAAAUGUGCUUUUGUGGGCAUUCCUGCUUCCAAUCUCUUUGGUGCUACUAGUGAACAUCGUGAUCUUUGGAUUGAUCAUGUCGAAAAUGGUCUGCAACCAGAAAAACCUGAGGGCAUACAGAGGAGAAUUUAAGAAAACUCUUCAAAGGAAUUUUGCCGUAAUAUUUGCUAACACCGUGACAUUGGGCAUCAGCUGGGUCAUUGGUUAUUUAAUGCUUAUUGAAGUAACAUACGCCUUUUUCAGCACAAUUUUUUGUAUAUUGAACUCUUUCCAGGGAGUUUUCAUUUUCCUCCUGUGCAUGAUGAACAUAAAGGAAUUUAGGAACCGAAUGAAGCAGCCACUGCAAAUACUUAGAAAGGAAAAGCGGACCAGCAUCUCAAUGAGCAGACUUAUUGUGAAAGAUCACUAUGGUAAAGCUGCUCAAGAUUGUAUCCCAUCUGUACUAAAUGGCUAACCUUUCAGGAUUCAUCUGAAAACUUCAGGACAGUUUGCAUAAUUCAGUGCUCUCAAGCAGGAACACGUCAGAACAAGAGUCACAAGGGUGUUUAAAAGCAGUACUGCAAUUUUUAAAAUGUCAUUAAACCCCCUGUUAAUUGAUGCGGAAAAUGAAUUUGGAAUGGCAUGAGAUGGCAGACUGCAAAUGGAUAGAGAAGACUGAUGUCAUUUUGAUAUCUAAUGGUCAUCAGCAAAGCAAGUCUGCAGUCAAAAAGUCAACCACAGUGCUAGACCAAGUCCUACAUUCAAUGUGAAUGUGUGAUUUUAUAUUUGUAUCAUUCUUAAAGUUGGA